AUGUUUCACGCGAGCGGGGAACAGACCACGAACCCGUGGCAAAGCGGCGCACCAAAGUGUGUGGCUGCGUCGGACGACUUCUGGUCUGGCAAGCGGGAGUGGUCCGGAUUCCACGACGGAGCCUUGGAGGCUACCACGCAUACCCCGGCGCCCGACUGGGAGGAUGGGGCCGAGUCCUGCGGCAGUCAUCACCACUUCGACGACGUGCUGGAGUCCGAGGCCCUCGAGUCUGCCCGCAGCGUGUCCAGCGACAACGUGGGCGACUUCACCUCGAAGCCGGGAGUAGACGGCGUGAUGAAGUUCCUGCUCCCGCCGCCCGGCUUCGAACCCGUCGAGAAGCGCGCCCUGGAGACUCCGGACCAGACCUACUCGCCCUUCCCGUUUGUCUCUUCGUAUCAUUUCCCCGCGGACGACCUGAAGUGGUCUCGAUCCCCGAAAGAGGUGCCUCCUGUGGAGGCGGACCCGUGGAAGUCGAACUCGCUCCUCCACUUCUUCCCGCCCUUUGGAAUUGCCAAGAAUCUCGAUAUCCCGGCAUACGCCGACUUCGAGAGCAAGUCUGAAGACCCCGGAUUUUGGAGAAGCGGCCAGAGUGAACAGCGCGACGCGUCCACUUUCAGCUCCACUGGUGACUCUGGCCUGAGUUCGCCCGCUCCGCAGGAGGUGCUCGCCCCCGUCACAGCCGCUGCAGCCGACGCGAACAAGUCGCCGGCGCUGGCGCCCGAGACUCCAGAGAAAGCUGACGACGAAGAGCGUCCCCCCGGCGUCAAAGUUUUCUUUGGCAACAUGGCAACGUCAACCGAGGAAGAGAUGUACGAGAUCUUCCGUCCCUUCGGAGAGUGCUGGGGUCUGGUCCUCCUGAGAGACCGCCGCCAGCGUCCCCGAGGCGCCGGUUUCGUCACCUUCAAGAGGGAGGAGGACGCGCAGCGGGCGAUAGAAGCACUUGACCACAAGUACCCUGUUCGCGGAGCGACGAAGCCUCUCGAGGUGCGUCGACCAGAGAACGCGGAGCAGAAGAAGGAACGCAUUCGCCUGCUGGCGCAGAUGCGGUCGCAGUUGGCGGCUCAGAAUCGCCGUGACGCUGUGGUGAAGCCCGGGCGCGAGAACUCGGGCUCCGCUCCUGCCGAGGCGGGCGAGUCGAAUGGUCGCCGCCGCCGCCGGGGGCAGCGCAGGCGGCAAGCGAGGACGGAGGGGAGAGGCAAGGGAUCGGAGGUUCGAGAGGCUGGUCACCAGGCUGGCUCGGGCUCCAGGGGCGGGGCGAACGUCGCCGCGUCUCGGGCCUCGAACGCUUUAUCUGCGCUGUGUGCACUUCUCAACUCAGAGGAUGUCAGGGCUCUCCUGAUGAGCGAGCUCGGAAGCGCGGGCGUGCAGACUCGCGAAGAUAUGACGAGAAGAGGUGAGGGCCUCGGAGCCGUGUGCGGCGCCGAUGUGGCGUCUGAGAGAGCACUUGGCCAGCGGGCUGCAGACGCGUCGCGAUUUGAGCCGCGGGCGUCGAUCCUGGAUAUCUUGCGAGCUGGCGACCGCCAGUCUGCCGCUGUGGACGGCGGGGACGUCCAGUUCCACGGCAACUGGGCGACGGGUUCGUCGCGUUGGACUGCCUCGCGGGGGCCUGCCCUGUCGAGCGGCAUACGGUCAGCGGCGUAUUUUCCACAACUCCGUGCGGAGAGCAGUCAUGUUCCUCCGCCGCCCGUGUCGGCGGUCAACGCGCCGCUGCGCUUUCAGCAGCAGCAGCCGUUCUACGGACACAGGGGAAACUUCGAGCAUCGGUUCCAACAGAGAGCCGGAGCCGACUGUCACGUCAGAGGCUACCAGGCUACACCUGCCGAAGGACCCUGCGCGCCGCCGACGCUCUCGCGCAGGGGCGACCCACCGCGCCACAGCCUCUCGUCCGUUCCGAACGAGUCGUGGGUGACUGAGACUCUCCUCGAUCUUUUUCGCGUGGCCAAAGAGUCUGCGAGAAACAGUUUCUGA